AUGGACGUGCAAGUCUUUAUCGGCCUGCUUAUUGGCCUGGCGACGAUGAUUGUUAUUUGGUUCCUGCGUCAGCAAAGCUACUGGCGCCGUCGCGGCAUACCGCACAGCAAGCCGAUGAUGCUGGCAUCGUUGACGACAAAACAUUUCACGCAGAUAUUGCGCGAGACGUACCAGCAAUUUAAGGGCACCGGACCUUUUUUUGGAUUCUUCCUACUCGCCACCAAUACGGCGCUCGUAACCGACUUGGAAUUGGUGAAGAAAGUGCUUGUUAAGGACUUUAACCACUUUUCUGAUCGCGGGCUUUACAACAAUGCUCACGAUGAUCCCCUCUCAGCGAAUAUGUUUUUCGCAGAAACUGAGCAAUGGAAGCGUUUGCGCACAAAAGUGACACCGACCUUCACAUCGGGUAAAAUGAAGAAUAUGUUUCAUAUGGUGACUGCGGUGGGGGAGCGGCUUAUGUCUACAGUGAGUGCAUGGAUUGGGGACGGUGAUCCGCAAGGGCUGGGAAAACUGAUGGAUGUAACGGAUUUGAGUGGACGCUACACCACCGAUGCAAUCGGCACUUGUGCCUUUGGACUAGAGUGCAACAGUUUGAGUGCCGAAACUCCAGAAUUCGUGUUGGUCACGAACAGUUUCACCCAUCACCGUCGUCACAACAAAGUGGUUGAAGGUCUAAUUUUCAGUUUUCCGAAAGUCGCACGCUUUCUGCGUAUGCGCAUUAUGCCACAGCACGUGCAUGACUUCUACAUAAAACUGGUGCAGGACACGCUUGAGUACCGCAAACGUACGGCCUUGCGACGAAACGACUUUCUGGACUUACUUAUCGAUAUGAUGGAGCGCGAGGAUGCAGACGGCAAUCGCAUUGAGGGUCUGAGUGUGAACGAAAUCGCGGCGCAGACUUUCGUCGUAUUUCUAGCCGGUUUUGAGACCUCGGCAAUUACAAUGAGCUUUGCGCUAUACCUGCUGGCACAGCACGUGGACGUGCAAGAGCAUUUGAGACAGGAGAUCAAUGAGGUGCUCGCGUCAAACGACGAUCGAAUCACUUACGACGUCAUUAACCAAAUGGGCUAUCUACAGCAAGUAAUAUUUGAAACGCUUCGUAUGUACCCCAUCGUGCCAAAUCUUAUGCGAAAGGCACAGUCGCACUACGACACCGGCGACCCAAAAUACUACAUUGAGAAGGGCACAAUGAUCAUUAUACCCACAAUUGCCAUACACUACGACCCCGAAUAUUACCCAGAUCCUGAACGUUUCGACCCAGCUCGCUUUACAGCCGAAGAAAUACAACGAAGACCUACAUGCAGUUGGCUGCCCUUCGGCGAAGGUCCACGCAAUUGUAUUGGCAUGCGAUUCGGCAGAAUGCAAACCAGCAUUGGACUUAUUUAUCUUAUACGCAAUUUUAGAUUUAGCACUGCCGCCGAGACGGAAAUACCAUGCCCGAUGGAGAAGUCAUCUUUUGUCGUUUCACCACAGAAUGGUAUAAAAUUGAGAGUGGACAGGGUAGAGGACGCCAAGCCGAUCGAGCGGCUGUGA